AUGUCUUCGACGCGUUCACCAACUGAAUUAGUUUCGACCACCCUCAGAGAAGGCAUAAGCGGUUAUAUUGACCGCACAAAGCUUGAGAGUAGGCUUUACGAGUUUUUUGGGUACAAGAUCGAAACUGAAUACUUUUGCGGCCGAAUUACCUUUCAAGCACCACGAGAAGUGCAAGAGGCAUGUCUCCCGGACCUCUGCGAGGAUGAACGGGUGGACUACGGCUAG